UGGUGAUGACCGUGUAUGACAAGAAGGUUUCAGCGGUGACUGCCGUGCCAUCUAACGAAUACAUUGCAGCAAUUGUCGGUAAAAACCACCAGCUGCGUGUCUACUCCUACUCUGCACUGGACAGUGGUGAAUGUGAAUCCAGCUGUAUCAAGAUUCAAGACACUAAGGGCUGUGCACACCUGUGUGCGGGAACAAUGCCCAACGGCAGCACAUUCAUCUGCACCACUAUCAAACGCAAGGCUCUCGUCUUCCUGGUCAUUGUCAAUGAUGAGGGUCUCUACCAGCUCUCCAAACAUCGCGAGAUCUCGUUGACACACACGCCACAGGUGCUAAAUGCCUGCCAUGGCGCAUUCGUGGUGGGCAUGGGCAACGACUUCUGGCUGUUCAACCUGACGACCGAGCGGUGUACGCCGCGACGUCUGGUUGACCCGACGGACCCAUCGCUGCAGUUUGUCAACACGCACGCCAACGUCCUGCAGCCUGUGCGCUGCAUCGAGAUGACGGCCAUGAGCGAGUACCUGCUCAUCUACAACACCAUCGGCGUGUUCGUCAGCACCGACGGAAAACGGACACGAAAGCGCGAUCUCAUCUUCCCUGCACCGCCCGUCACAAUUUCGUAUCAAGCACCACUGCUCAGCGUCACCACCAAUCACUGCGUGGACACGUUUGAUUUGACUAAACUGGACUGGAUCCAGUCUACUCCACUGCCUACGGCUAUAUUCCUUAGUAGCGGCAACUUGCUGUGGAGUCCAAGCACUGAACCUGCACGCCUGCUCUAUCACAAGAGUCCAUUCCAUGAAAAAUGCAUAAUGGACCUUUCCGACGAUGCUACAAUAGUUAGUGUCAAAGCCAACAAGAAGUCCACAUCAAAGAAGAAGGCCUCCUCUGGCGGCUGGAAGAAGUAACACGUGUGCUUGAACAAGUUGAAGUUCCCCUUGGUCGCCUGCUACUGUUGGCCAUUUUUAUUAGACCUGGGUGUUUGUGUGUGUGUGUGUGUGCGCGCGCGCGUGUGUGCACGUCCCAUGUGUAUGUGUGCGCGCUAAGCAGCAACCUUUUCGUGGCCAGUUGUGGCCCACCUGCUGUGUGUCAACGCCGUCGAAUAGCCGUCGUCAGCUACCUCCGUCGCUACAAGAAAAUGCCACUGUGUCCGUGCGCUCUCUGCUUUGUGUCUGGAGAGAAAAUUUCCCCCGCAAUCGCAAUCGGUACUAGUUUCAAGUAUCAACUCUAUGUUAUGUACAUUGCGCGUGUAAAUGACUGUAGCUGCAUGCACAAGCUAAUGCACAAAUGUUAGUUCACUUUAGCUAUAUAGCUGUAGAUGUAUGGAAGUGCCGCCCCGUGUUGUACAUUGUGAUACUGAUUAUUGAGAUUAUCGACAGUACUUAUUUUUCCACUGUACACGUGACCCGUCUCGUCUGGUGUCACCUCUUAUGUUCGGACGUGUUAGUUUCUGCAAAGAGUAGCCACAUAUCAUAAUACUAUCAAAUUCAUUGGCCCAACUUUUUUCUUCCGCUUUAUUAUGUCCUAGCCAUGGUCCUAAUCGCCUAUAGGGUAGGCAGUUUGUGCCAUGCUUUGUCUACAUCAGAUUUGGGCAUCGUUCUGCUUUCUGUUUUCAUGGUUCUACAGUAGGGCAGCGCUUUAGCAAGGCAGCAAUCCGACUGUGGAUGCGAUCACAUUUCCCCUAUAUUCCCUGUUAUAGUCUUGCUUCUCACUCGCUUUGAUUUCCACUUCUAUAACUUCUUCUAGUCACUUUG